ACAAGCGACCAUGACGGCGGGGGUGGACGAGAGGGACCUCCGGCAGCCAGCAUGGGGACUCUUCUCGCCGAUUCUGCCUACUGCCGCCUCUGUGCUUCCGAAUUCGAGGUCGGAUUUACCAUUUUUGAUGACAGCGAGGACAAAGCAUCGCUGGCCAUCUUGAUUAACAAGUAUCUGCCCAUCAAGGUUGCUAACGAUGGCCACUUUCCAGUCCGGAUUUGUGAGCGUUGUCACAUGGGAGUGGCAGCGACUGUGGAUCUCAUUGACCGGAUGGUUGAAGGGCAACAGAGAUUGCGGUCAAUGCUGCAGUCUGGGACAGUCCCUGAGGUGCUUCAGGCUACUCUUAUUAAUAUCCAAGGGGAUUCAGUAGAUAUACCCAUGGAUGAUUUAGCUAAAGGGACUGAAGUUGCAAAAGUAUAUGCAGAGAACCAUCCCAUGAGUAUAGCUGUGGAUGGCCAGCCUGUUGUUAAAAAGAAGAGGGGACGACCACGGAAAGGAGAUAGACCUGUUAAGCAAAAAGUGAAGGAGGAGGAUUCUAACCUUUUAGAUGAUGAGGUUAAGAAAGGAAGACCAAGGAGGUCUAACAGGAGAGCAAAUCUGCCCACAAGGUAUAGGGACUCCAUUGCUGGACGAGAUUUUGAGAAGCUAAUGAGUGAGUCAGGAGUGAAGGAGGAGAUAAUGGAUGUGCAGGAUGAUGCCAGUGAUGCUGACUACAAGCACCAGGGUCUGUCUGGACCAUCAAUGCUGGAAGUCAUAGAAAAGCAGGGAGGUUUAAGACAUCCCAAGGAUACUGCUCUGGGCAAGGUUUCUGAAGAUGGCACCAGCAUUGUCAUUGCCCCCGAGUCCUCUGAAGCCCCAUCUGAUCUUCCAGUGUCUGUAAACAUUGAGGUUGACUUCCAGGAUGAUGGUAAUAUCACCUUAAGAGGGAUGGAAGACUUAGACGAAAAGGAAAAACUUCCUCUUGCAUCUGUGAGCUCUGUUCAGAUUACCAGCAUGGGAGAGUCCAUCAAUAUGCCUUCCAAAGCUGCAUUUAGUGAGCCUACACUCUUCAGAAAGAAGCGAGGUGCCAAGAAGAAGGCAAAAUGGUCAUGCAACAUAUGUGGCAAAGGGUUUCUUCAUAAGGGAAGAUAUCUUCUCCAUACUCGACUUCACAAGCAGGUGAUUCUGCAGUGUGAGAUGUGUAAAGAUAGAUUUUCUACACGAGAAGAUAUCAACAUUCACCAACAAGAUACAGGACACACAGGAUUAGGAAUCAUAGAAGUGGAGAAAGAGGGUGAGCAGGUUGAGUUUAAAUGUCCUCAUUGUCCAAAUCGAACCUUUGUGACCUCAGAAGGUUAUAAUAAUCAUGUUGCAAGUAUGCACGAAGGUCAGAAACCAUAUGCUUGUGCCACUUGUGGAAAACGGUUUGCUUAUCAGCAUAGCCUUCGAAAUCAUUAUGCAUUACAUGAGCCCCCCAAAGAGGAGCGAGAAUACCCUUGCCCUACAUGCGGGAAAGUAUUCACACAUCCAAGCUCGCUCAUCUAUCAUCGAGAUUCAACGCACAAUAAUGGGCGCAUGUUUGUAUGCCACAUUUGUAAUGCUUCUUUUAAGCACAAGCAACUGCUCCAAAGACAUUACAGUGUUCAUUCUGAAGAGAGACCAUACCCAUGUGAAAUAUGUCACACAGCCUUUAAAACCAGAGGAAACUUGUACAACCAUAUGAAUACCCAUACUGGCCUUAAGAAGUUUACUUGUGAAAUAUGUGGAAAGCAGUUUAAUCACUUGACAUCCCUUACGCUUCAUGUUAGAUCUCAUACGGGUGAGAAGCCCUUUAAGUGUGACCACUGUGAUAAAAGGUUUACCCAGAAUGGCAACCUUCAGGAGCAUAGAAGAAUUCACACUGGAGAAAAGCCGUACUGUUGUGAAAGCUGUGGCAAGAAGUUCACAACUUCAUCUCAGUUCAAACUCCACAUGAGAAGGCAUACAGGAGAAAGGCCAUUUGCUUGCACAUACUGCAACAAGGCUUUCUUGCACCGAGAGGCAUGGCGCACGCAUGAGAGGAAGCAUAGUGGAGAGAAACCUUAUGUGUGCAAAACCUGCAAUAAAGGUUUUACAGAGCAAUAUACACUCAGAAAGCAUCAGCGCUUGCAUACAGGAGAAAAGCCUUAUAUAUGCAAUGUGUGUGGAAAAGCAUUCAGCGACGCCUCCAACUUGCACAAACAUCGCAGGUGUCACAGAGAGGAUGAAGCUUGGCUACUACAAGAACCCAGAACUAUUGAAACAACAGAGGGAGAUCAUCGUAUCAUUUAUAUUUUAUCUGACAAAGAUGAGCCUGAUGCAGCAACUCUUACAGCACUGCAGGCUGUGGACACUGAAAUGGCUGAGAAUUCCCACCUGGAGAACAUGACAGAAGGAGCUGCACAGAUGAUCCAGCUGAACCAUGACAGUCAGACCCUGCAGGGCUUUGCACUUGCCACAUAUGACCAGCCAUCCACAGCAGCAGUCAUGCUCCAAGAGGGGGGAGGACAGGAGUCAGAUAGGCAAAUUCAGAUUUUUACAAAUGAUGAAGGGCAGUCAGUAAUCCCGGUCAUCAAUUCAUCAGGAGAAGCCAUUGGGGAAGUGGAAGGCCAUUUCUUGACAGGG